UUCCGCCUCUUUUACAGUGUGGUCCUCCUCUGUGAGUGACUCAGUGUGUCUCUGUGCUGCAGUGUGUCAGUGUGUGUGUUUGUGCGAUAACUGUCAGUCAUGAAGAUCCUGGUGCUGCUGCUGGCGCUCCUCACAGUCUCUGAAUGUGAUAGGAAACUUACCGGGCGAAUAGGUAAGAGCAUCACUCUGCCCUGUAAAUAUGACAUAAAAGCCAACGGACCUACAAAGGUGUGCUGGGGUCGAGGUCGUGUUCCUAGCACCGGCUGCAGCGACGAGCUCCUGGCCACAGACGGACAUAAAGUGAAAGCAGAAACUCAAACUUCCAGCAGGUAUCAGCUGCUGGGACGACUGGAUGAAGGAGACGUUUCUCUGACCAUCGUGAACGUCACAGAGGAAGAUGCUGGAAUGUACGGAUGCAGAGUGAAGAUUAGUGGACUGUUCAACGAUGAGAAACAUAAUAUCCAAUUGACCGUUAAACCAGCCUCUGACUGCGACGAUGACGGAAUUGUGGCUCACGUUGGUCAGGACGUCACUUUGCCCUGUGGAUACAACAUAAGCACCAAUGGAGAGAUACCAAUGUGCUGGGGCAAAGAAGGACAAUACUUCUUAGGCUGCAGAAAUGAGCUCAUCGCCACUGACGGAUCCAGAGUGAAGGAAGAUAGCAGAGCUUCCAGUAGGUAUCAGCUGCUGGGACGUCUGGACCAAGGAGAUGUUUCUCUGACCAUCCGGAACGUCACAGAGGAAGAUUCUGGACUGUACGCAUGCAGAGUGAAGAUCCCUGGAAUCUUCAAUGACGAACUGUAUUAUAUGGAUCUCUCAGUGGUUAAAGCUCCACCUUUGAUCAUUGGACAAAAACAACAGAGCAGCCGCACAGACUGCAGAACCCGCAACAGAAAGUGAAAAGUAAAGAGGAAGACGACCACGGCUGUAAAACCAGCAGGAAUGAGGAAAAACUGCAGAGAAGGUUCUGUUUCUCAUCUGAAAUAAAGGCCUUAUUCCUGAC